AUGUCUGCCGGUAAACCCAUUCACCCCGAGGUCAUGUACGCUGAGCGUUCGUCGGACACGGACCCCGAGAAGAACUUCAUCUACCUCACGUUCCGCAUCGACGACCUGAACCCGGGCUACAAGGUUGACCUGAAGUCUGACUCGCUCUCCUUCACUGGUACUUCCGGAGACCCCGCCAAGGGUCUUCCCGAGAAGCAGUGGGCGUGCAAGCUCAACUUCUACCACGAGAUCGACCCCGAGGCGACGAAGCAAAUGCCGUACACUGGCCGCGACCUGCUGCUGAUCAUCCGCAAGAAGGAGCUCAAGAAGGAGUACUGGCCGCGCCUGACCAAGGAGCCUCUCAACCGUAACUGGAUCAAGACCGACUUCACCCGCUGGGCCGACGAGGACGAGCAGGACGAGGUCGCUGGCGAGAUUGAUGCCGACGACGGAGGCUUCGUCGGCGGCGCCGGAGGCGGCGGCAUGCCCCCUGGCAUGGACAUGGCCUCCCUUAUGGGCGGCAUGGGUGGCGGUGGUGCCGGUGCCGGCGGCGUCGACUUUGCCAAGCUCAUGGAGCAGAUGGGCGGCGCGGGCGGUGCUGGAGGCGCGGGCGGUGCGGGUGGCAUGCCCGACCUCUCGGCGCUGAUGCAGCAGGCCGGCGCCGCUGGCGCUGGUGCCGGCGACGACGCCGACGCCAAGGACGGAGACGAGGCCGAUGCCUCGGACGCCAAGGCCGCCGACGCUUCCGCCGACGCCUCUGCUUCCAAGCUGGACCAUGUUUCCGCCGGUCUUGCAUCCUUUCUCUACCUCAAAAGCGACACAAUCGACCCGAUGACCCUCCUCGAGGUCAAGAAUCUGACGCUGCGCCGGGACGAUGGCAAAGGGACGGCCAUCCUAAACGACAUCAGCCUGGACUUGCACGAUGGCGAGGUGCUGAUCCUCUGCGGAGAGAGUGGAUGCGGCAAGACGACGCUGCUGAAGUGCAUCUCCGAGCUGAACGUGUACCAGAAGGGCCGCAUCGCGCUGCACGGCAAGACAGCGAGCGAGUAUGGGUACCCCUACUACCGUACGCUGGUGCAGUACAUCCCGCAGCGUGCUUCCAUUCUGGCAGGGACGCCGCUCGACUUUCUGAAGACGUGCCAGGGCUACGCGUCGCGCAAGAAGCGCGUCAAGGAGAUCAGCAACGACAGGCCAAGCCUCGACCCGAUGGGCAUUGCAGAGGAGUGGGGGAUCCAAAAGUUCCUCUGGAACCGGGACUGGGGCACGCUGUCAGGCGGCGAGGCGCAGCGCAUUGCGCUGGCCAUCGGCAUCGGACUGGGAGGAGCCGACAUCAUUCUACUCGACGAACCGACAUCCGCCCUCGAUGCCGAGACCAUGCGCAAGGUCGAGAAGACGCUUGUGGGGCUUCUGCCGCCAAACGUCCGCGGAGGCGACGGCGAGGCGCAUUAUCCCCGUCACUCCCUCGGGCCCAAGGCUAUCAUUUGGAUCACGCACACGCCCGAGCAGGCCAAGCGCUGCGGCACGCGCGAGUACAACAUGACGCCGCAUGUGCGCCACUUUGACACGCACGAGGAGGCUGAUCGCGAGUGCGAGCGCGUGCAUGAGGGUCUGGAGGAGAGGGCAGAGCGUGAGGAGAGGGAGCGUCGCGAGAAGCGCGACCGGGAGGAGAGGGAACGGAAGGCGAACGGAGACGCCAAGUCUGGAAAAGACAAGAAGAAGUAG